UCUAUCCCCUUUCAACUCAUUACUAUUAAAAAAAACAAUGGAAAGAAAACCCCAAAGCUUUUUCUCCGCACUAAAAGAAGAAGUCAUACGAGGUCUAUCUCCGGUGAGGUCAAGGUCAAAGUCACCGGGAAGAAGCCAAUCUCCGAUGUCGGCGCUACUCCGGCGGCGACCAAAACAGCUAACUACCGGUGACCAAAGAUCAGGUAGCUUGACAGGAGAAACUUUAGCACCAUUAUACGAAGGCCCAGAUCAAGAUGGACUGUCGGAACUCGGUGAGUCGAAACGGGUCGGGUCGGGUAUUGGAAACUGGAUGAAAGGACAGCUGUCUAGGACACCAUCAAUGACAUCAACUAUGGCUUAUAAACAUAGGUCGGAUUUAAGGUUGUUACUUGGUGUUAUGGGCGCACCUUUAGCACCAGUGCAUGUUAGCAGUGCUGAUCCUUUGCCACAUCUUUGUAUCAAGGAUACACCUAUUGAAACAUCGUCUGCUCAAUACAUACUGCAACAAUACACAGCCGCAUCUGGUGGGCAAAAGCUUCAGAACUCGAUUAAGAAUGCAUACGCAAUGGGGAAAGUGAAGAUGGUAGCUUCUGAAUUUGAAACUGCAUCUAGAGUGGUGAAGAAUAAGUAUGCUGCUAGAGCUGCUGACACAGGUGGGUUUGUUUUAUGGCAAAUGAAUCCCGAUAUGUGGUAUGUCGAGCUCGCUGUUGGUGGUAGCAAGGUUCACGCGGGCUGCAAUGGGAAUCUGGUUUGGAGACACACGCCUUGGCUCGGUGCACAUACUGCUAAGGGCCCUGUUCGCCCAUUGCGUCGUGCACUUCAGGGUCUUGAUCCUAGAACUACUGCAAUGAUGUUUGCAGAUGCGAAAUGUGUAGGCGAGAAGAAAAUCAAUGGUGAAGAUUGCUUUAUACUAAAACUAUGUGCAGAUCCACAAACAUUGAAGGCUAGAAGUGAAGGACCAGCUGAAAUCAUUCGACACGUUCUGUUUGGCUAUUUUAGCCAGAAAACAGGACUUAUAAUUCACAUGGAAGAUUCCCAUCUCACCCGGAUUCAAACUAAUGGUGGUGAUGCUGUUUACUGGGAGACAACAAUCAAUUCAAGUAUGGAUGAUUAUAGGCCCAUUGAAGGCAUAAUGAUUGCCCAUUCGGGUCAUUCAGUGGUGACCCUUUUCAGGUUUGGUGAAAUGGCAAUGAGUCAUACCAAGACUAGAAUGGAAGAAGCAUGGUCCAUUGAAGAAGUUGCUUUCAACGUUCCGGGCUUGUCAAUGGACUGUUUUAUCCCUCCGGCCGAUUUAAAAUCAAAAUCUUUCUGUGAAACCUCUGAACUUCCAGAGGACGAAAGAGUAAAAACAUCCGCCAUGGGUGCUAGUCAUCGAGCAAAGGUUGCAGCUUUGGUUUAGAUAACGGCUGCUAAUGUUCAUAUAGGGUCAAAGGUUAGCUUCUGAUCGACUAACACCUUAGAAGUUACAGAUUAGAAAGUUAGAGUUAUUUAUUUCACAACUUGGGUAUCGCCGAGCAUAGUUGGUCACCAGUCCCAGCCUUGGGGGCUUGGAAGCUCGGUUUUUUCUCUCUACUAGAUCAAAUGGAGGUUUAAUUUUAGUUCACCUUCCAUACGAUGGCGGAUGGUAUACAACGCUCAGGGCAUUCUAAAGAAUCGGAUUCUUGUUUGUUCUUAGUAUUAUGCUUACCUUGGUUAAGUUUGUUUAGGAUUUUUAUAUGGUCGUUUUUUGUUUUAAAUUGUUAGAAGUUCAAAGGUGGUUCUUCUAACCUAUUGUUUUAUGCAUCUACUAGUAACCAAAAUGUUACUAAUGUAGAUAUUUACGAUAUAAAAAGUUUGAAUUCAAAAGAA